GAUGCACCCGGAGGACAACUUCUCCCAAGAGCAGCUCUCCGCCGGCCCAGCUCCCUGAACCGGCCGAGGUGAGGCCCUCUCCAGGGAGUUUGGAAUAAGCAGUUUCAGAGGAGCAGGCUUCACUUAACCAAAACAAUGUUUGCAGAUUUGGACUAUGAUAUUGAGGAAGAUAAGCUGGGGAUCCCCACUGUGCCUGGGACAGUGACCUUGAAGAAGGACUCUCAGAACCUGAUUGGGAUCAGCAUUGGGGGAGGCGCACAGUACUGCCCCUGUCUCUACAUUGUCCAGGUGUUUGAUAACACUCCAGCAGCCUUAGACGGCACCGUAGCAGCUGGUGAUGAAAUCACAGGAGUGAAUGGGAAGUCCGUCAAAGGGAAGACCAAGGUGGAGGUGGCCAAGAUGAUACAGAUGGUAAAGGGAGAAGUGACGAUUCACUACAACAAGCUUCAGGCCGACCCAAAGCAGGGCAAGUCCUUGGAUAUUGUAUUGAAGAAGGUAAAGCAUCGACUGGUAGAGAACAUGAGCUCAGGGACAGCGGAUGCCCUGGGGUUAAGCCGAGCCAUACUUUGCAAUGAUGGACUCGUAAAGAGAUUAGAGGAGCUGGAGAGAACCGCAGAGUUAUACAAAGGCUUGACAGAGCACACCAAGAGUCUUCUCAGGGCUUUCUUUGAGCUAUCCCAGACACACAGAGCAUUUGGAGAUGUUUUCUCUGUCAUUGGUGUACGGGAGCCGCAACCAGCUGCCAGUGAAGCCUUUGUGAAAUUUGCUGAUGCCCAUCGCAACAUUGAGAAGUUUGGGGUUCACCUUCUGAAAACAAUUAAGCCGAUGCUAACUGACUUGAAUACGUAUCUGAAUAAAGCCAUUCCUGACACAAGGCUGACUAUCAAAAAAUACCUGGAUGUAAAGUUUGAAUAUUUGUCUUACUGCCUGAAAGUCAAAGAGAUGGAUGACGAAGAGUACAGCUGCAUUGCUCUGGGUGAACCCCUCUACCGGGUCAGCACUGGGAACUAUGAAUAUCGCCUUAUUCUACGUUGCCGGCAGGAGGCUCGCACGCGCUUUGCCAAGAUGAGGAAGGACGUGCUAGAGAAAAUAGAGCUCCUGGACCAGAAACAUGUGCAGGACAUCGUGUUCCAGCUCCAGCGUUUUGUCUCUACAAUGUCCAAGUACUAUGAUGACUGCUAUGCCGUGCUCCGAGAUGCGGAUGUCUUUCCCAUUGAGGUGGACCUUGCCCGCACUACACUCAACUAUGGGCAGAAGGACACAUACACAGACGGGGCAGAAGAAGAAGAAGGAGGAAGCGAGAGAGAGGGUAGCGGGAAGGAGGACGCAAAUGGUGAAAAGCUCAUUGAUGAUGCCUGACUGUGCCGGCGUGGCCAGAGGAGGGACUUAGCAGACUGUUAUAAAACCGCAUAUUUCACAUGGCGAUUCAUCCUCCGUGACUUUCUGUGUCUGUCCAGCCUGGGAUGCCUCCUCUGCUUUGGGUGGGGGUGGCUGCUUGGAUCGGCACCAACCUCUGCGUUCCUCUCUCUUCCCUUGCUUAUUUGCCUGGAGAUUCCGGUUCCCUCCGGAGACUUCUGCUGCCCGACUCGGGUACUGAGGUGUGGGGAGGAAAAUCCCCUGCCACACCCCGACAUGACCCCUUGUGCAGACAGGACACUGCUGAGUGUGUGGGAUACACUGCUCCCCCCUGGCACAUGGAAGCCAGUUAAACAUCUGGAGAUGACUGCGGAUGGCAGGAACAGCCCCUCCCCUUGUGCUAUGGGAAGGUGCUAGCACCAGCACUGUUCUCUUCACCCCACUGCUCUCUGUCUUCAAGCUUCCCAUUCUCUGGUGUGUUCUAAGCUUCCCCUGUCUCUUCCAUCUGUCCCCAUGGGCUGCAGGACCGAUUUUUGUAGGAUGAUCGCUCCCACUGCUCCCAGCUCUCCAUGCCACUGGUUUUAAGAAAUAGGAGCGAGUUCGAACUGAUGCCUAGGACUGGUGGUGGUACGUGGGGUGUGAUCACCCCCCAUCCAAGGGGCUGGGGGAAGCUCUCAAAGCAGGGCCUGGGGGAAGCAGUUGCCUGGCACACUCUGCUGCUGCAGAGUUUUGGAAGUCUCUUCCCCCAGCUGCCAUCCUCUCCAUGGUCCUUUGGCUCCUGCACAACUGGCGCUGUCUGCAUGCUCCCAUAGCUGCACCCCAGGGCUGGAAUCCCAAAGGCUGUGGCUCUGCCCUUCCCCGUGGGAAGGACCUGGCUCAGGAAGGAGCCCUCGUACUCAGCAGAGAUGUGGAGGUGAACGUACUUGUCUGAGGCAGACGGGUUCCUGGGCAUAACAGCAAAGCCACGCACAUUUCCUUUCCAUCAUUUUCCCCUCUUAACAGCUCCUAAUAACAAAAUGUGCUUCGUGAGGAUGU